UCCCUCCCUUCCACUACUACUCCUUCUGCCUGCAGUCACGUUUAGCUCCUACAUCACGUUGCUCUCACAUCUGGCUGCUCCUCACGCGCGCUGGGACUCUUCUCACCUCUUCUCUUCUUCUGCAGCGGUUCAACCUCUUCACCUGCCCUCCUGCUCCAGUGUCAGCCAUGUUGGUUAUCUUGGCCUUCAUCAUCCUCUUCCACAUCAUUUCAGCGAUACUGCUCUUCAUAGCAACUACCAACAAUGCUUGGUGGGUUGCAAGUAAAGGAAACUUCUACACUGACCUGUGGUACAGCUGUAACGUCACCUGUGUGGAUAUACCCAGCAGUUCAUCCACAGAUGCAGGUUACCUUCAGGCUGUGCAGGCUACUUUGAUCCUCGCCACCAUCUUGUGCUGCGUAGGCUUCUUCGUCUUCAUCCUUCAGCUCUUCCGUCUGAAGCAAGGAGAGAGAUUUGUUUUCACGGCCAUCAUUCAGCUUCUGUCUUCCCUGUGCGUGAUGAUCGGCGCGUCCAUCUACACGGCGGAGCGGACGAGCUUCCAGGCGAAGGAGGUGCAGAGCGGCGAGUACGGCUACGCCUUCGUGGUGGCCUGGGUGGCCUUCCCCAUGACCCUCGUCAGCGGCUUGAUGUAUCUAGUGCUGAGGAAACGCAAGUAGGCGACGCUCGACAACAGCCCACCUCACCAGCUGCCACCAGCUACAGCCUUAGCCAAAAGAAUUUAUUUUGUAAAUAUACUUUUUUUUUUUUAAAUGUGUAGUUCCAUGCCAAAAUGUUAUAUUGUGAAAAAAAA